AUGGCAGGCCCCCGGCACCCCGUGUCGGUGUGCACACUGGCCCUAGUGCAGACAGAGCGGCAUCAGACAUUUGCCUUCUCUGUGAGCUGGUCGGACGACAGCGACACCUUUGUGCGCAGGAGCUGGGAUGAGUUCAAGACACUCCACAAGACCCUCAAGGAAACCUUCCCGGUAGAGGCGGGCCUGCUGCGGAGAUCAGACCGCGUUCUCCCCAAGCUUCGCGACGCGUCGCUGUUGGUGCGCGGGGGGCGCACCGGCCGCGGCCUAGCGCGCCUGCGGCUGCUGGAGACCUACUCGCGGGCGCUGCUGGGGGCGGCGGAGCGCGUGUCCCGGAGCCCGGCGCUCACCGGUUUCUUUGCGCCGCAACCCCUGGACCUGGAGCCCACACUGCCACCUGGCAGUCUGGUGAUCCUGCCUGCCCCUGAAGAGCCCCCGCCCCGCCCACCGGACAGCCUCACCGUCCCUGGCCUGGAGGCUCAGAGCCUGCGCUGCCUGCAGCCUUUCAGCACCCAGGACAUGCAGGGCCGGCCUUUCCAAGCACGGGCCCAGGAGGCCCUAGACGUGCUGCUGCGACACCCCUCAGGCUGGUGGCUGGUGGCAAAUGAAGACCAGCAGACAGCAUGGUUUCCUGCUCCUUACCUGGAGGAAGCAGCCUUGGGCCAAGAGCAACAACCCCUAGGGAGUGGUGGGCCCCAAUUCUGCACUGCCCUCGCCUAUGAGAGCAGCCACGAGGAUGAACUGUCCGUGCCCGCAGGGGCGCGCGUGCGCGUGCUGGAAACAUCCGACCGCGGCUGGUGGCUGUGCAGGUUCGGCAGGCGCUCUGGUCUUCUCCCGGCCGUGCGGCUGCGACCAGAGGGCCUGGGCGCUCUCCUGAGUAGACGGGGGCUCAACCGCGAGGCCAACGGUGAGGAGAUUAGAGUGGGAGAGGCCCAAGGCUCCCCUGAGACCUCCCAGGCCGCGACCCUUCCCCCUACCGUGCCCGCCCGCCCCACGCUGAGCGCCAUUCAGAGCCGCUGCUGCACCAUCACCCGCAGGGCACUGCUGCGCAAGGACCCCCUUGAGGGUGUAUGGAAUUGCGCAGAGGGCAAGCCAAACGCUCCAGACCCCGGGGAGGACUGA